AUGAUGAAGGGAAAACGGAACACCCAGCCAAGCAAGCACUCUUCCAGGGUGGCGGUCUUCAGGCCGACCUACAGGGAAGUAGUCCGCUUGGCUGAGGGAGCGACUUGGUGCGAUGCAGGCGACGCUUGCGAGGGUGGCGGCUCUGCGGAGAAUCGGUCUCCCCUCCGGCCGGGUCGGCGGGAGGGGGCUGUGGACAGGCCGCCCGCAGUCAGGUACCUUCUAAGACUCCGACCGGGCGGCAAAAGGUACCCAGCCCCAGGUUUCUACCGCGGGGUGUCUGCGGAGAGCGCCCCCGUCCAGCCCUCUGGCCUUUCUCGCCUCCGGGCGUCCUGGCUUGGUGGUUUGGCAGUCGUCUUCGCCAGCUCUCGGGGCUCCGCGGGUCCUCGGGUCGCCCUGCUUGGUAGCCACGUUCCAACCCCCGACUCCGGCCUAAGGGCUCGCCACUAUAUUGACAACGUGAAGCCAUUGGAGGGUGUAAAAAUUCUAGAUCUAACAAGAGUGCUGGCAGGACCUUUUGCUACUAUGAAUUUAGGAGAUCUUGGAGCAGAAGUUAUAAAAGUGGAAAGACCAGGAGCCGGUGAUGAUACACGAACUUGGGGGCCACCUUUUGUGGGUACAGAAAGUACAUAUUUUCUCAGUGUUAACCGAAAUAAAAAAAGCAUAGCUGUUAAUAUCAAGGAUCCAAAAGGGGUGAAAAUCAUCAAAGAGCUUGCAGCUGUUUGUGAUGUAUUUGUGGAAAACUAUGUCCCUGGAAAACUGUCCACAAUGGGCCUGGGGUAUGAAGAUAUAGACAAGAUUGCUCCUCACAUCAUCUAUUGCUCCAUCACAGGUUAUGGUCAGACAGGCCCCAUGUCUCAAAGAGCUGGUUAUGAUGCCAUUGCCUCUGCUAUUUCUGGUCUGAUGCACAUCACAGGGCCUGAGGAUGGUGAUCCAGUUCGCCCAGGAGUGGCCAUGACUGAUCUUGCCACUGGCCUGUAUGCAUAUGGAGCCAUUAUGGCUGGAUUGAUACAAAGAUAUAAAACUGGAAGAGGACUGUUCAUUGAUUGUAACCUACUGUCAUCUCAGGUGGCAUGUUUGACCCAGGUAGCUGUUAAUUAUCUCAUUGGCCAAAAGGAAGCAAAACGUUGGGGCACUGCUCAUGGCAGUAUUGUUCCUUACCAGGCUUUUAAAACCAAGGAUGGCUAUUUUGUAGUUGGAGCAGGAAAUGACCAACAGUUUGCUACUGUGUGCAAGAUCUUGAAUUUGCCUGAGUUGAUUGAUGAUUCCAAGUAUAAAACCAACCAUCUUCGAGUGGAGAAUAGAAAAGAGCUUAUUAAAAUACUAUCUGCACGGUUUGAAGAAGAAAUGACCACUAAGUGGUUAUAUUUCUUUGAAGGCAGCGGGGUCCCAUAUGGCCCAAUCAACAAUAUGAAGGGUGUAUUUACAGAACCUCAGGUGCUACACAAUGGCCUCAUUAUGGAAAUGAAGCAUCCGACUGUGGGGAAGAUUUCAGUCCCAGGCCCAGCUGUGAGAUACAGUAAGUUCAAGAUGUCAGAGGCCAGGCCACCUCCCCUGCUUGGGCAGCACACAACGUGCAUCCUGAAGGAGGUCCUUGGAUACGAUGACAGAGCUGUUGGGGAGCUGCUCAGCGCUGGAGUCGUGACCCAACAUAAAACCAAGUGACAAAAGAGAAGCACUCUUUCUCAAAAUCACAGUCUGAAUGCACUUUGCUGGUAAAGGCGAUACUCUCUGGAUCCUUCUCCCCAAUCCUGAUGCCAGGAUUUCCUGCCCGGAAUCUUUGCAAUAACUCUGGAAUUAAUGAGCCUCGUGCCCUUCAAAUAUACCCCACCUUUUAUUCCCUAACAUUUUCUUUCAGAUGAUGGUUUAAUUGUGGAUUUGUGGAAUUUUUUUAUAAAGAUGUAAUUACUUUGUUUCCAUCCAAUAGAAAUGGUAUAUAUUUAAGGUGACAGAUAUGUUAAUUAGUCUGAUUCCAUCCUUCCAUAAAGUAUACAUGUAUGGAAGCAUCAAAUUAUAC